CUUUCAGCUUUAGUUCUCGCCUGUGGAGGGAAGAUGACUUUCUACGAUGGCAUUUACCCGUUUUACUCGCUACAAAGGAGCCCGUUCAUGAUCGACAUCAGCCUGCUGGUCGCGAUCCUGGUUUUCUCAGUUCUGGCUGUCAGUUUCCUCUUCAUUCUACCGGGAAUACGUGGCAGAUCGAGAUGGUUUUGGAUGUUCAGGAUAUUCAUUAGCUUAUUCAUUGGAGUUGUUUUAGUUGUGCUUAAUUUCACUGGAGACUGGGCUGAAGCCAGAGUGAAGGCCAACACCACCUACAAAUCCUUCAGCACGGCGGUGGUGUCUGCUGAAGUGGGCCUUCAUGUGGGGCUUUAUGGAAUAAACAUCACACUCAAAGGUGAGCCAGUAAUCCAAAUAAACGAAACCAUCAACUACAAUGAAAUAAUCAGCUGGUCGAGCAGUGUGGAUGAGCAGUACGGUGACGCUCUGGAGCGAGGUCUUCCCAACCCAAUCCUUUACAUCGCAGAGAAGUUCACCUACAACAGCGCUUGCGGACUCAUCUACCAGUACAGAUACUCGGGCCACUUUGCCUCGGCCAACCUGUGGACGGCUUUUUGCUGCUGGCUGCUGGCCAAUAUCCUCUUCUCAAUGCCUGUCAUCCUCUACGCCGGCUACAUGAUGAUAGCCACGGCUGCUUUCAUCUUCUUCUCUGUGGCUUCCUUCUCAACGAUAUACAACGUGACCCCUUGUGACUUCAGUAUAGGAGCAGAGUCUUUAAGGACAGACUACAGCCACUCCUUUUGGCUCGCUCUGGCUACAGGUCUGCUGUGCGCUGUGAUUGGUUUGCUGGUGGUGUUGCUGGACUGUCUGUUUCCUGCGAAGAUGAGGGAGGCCUUCAGUGUAGGUGUGGAUGAUGAGGAUGACGAAUGCUGUGCUGAUGAAGGUUACCUCAACUCAGGCUUUCUGGAGGGAGUGAUCUCUGAUGAUGUCACUCCGGCGGAGAACGACUCCUUGCCUCAGCAGAUCACUACACUAACAAGGCUUUGAAGGACGAUUUGCUGUCAUCCCCAUCUACUACUUGAAAACUUACAGACCCAUUUG